CAAGAAAUUUAAAAAUGGUUUAUUUAAAAAAUACUCAAAACAACAAUCCCGGCCUCCGUCCAUUAAAUAAUGGAAGAAAAGCUUCUUCUUUCUUAAGAAAUUGUUGUGGGGGUUUAUUUAAAGAUAAUAGAUUUCGUCAAUUAACCUUUUAUAUUCUUUUGUUAUUUUUAUUUGGAUUAACAAUUAUUGAUGUUCGGAAAUUGAUUAUAUGUUACUUUACAGACAACAAGGAAAUUGAUAUGAAAAUGAAUUUUAAUGCAUCAAUGACAAUGCCAAACAUAACAUUUUGUAUGUCAAAAAACAAUGCUUGGAGUCAUUUUAAUCAAACGGGACUAACUAGUCAAGACCUAUAUAACGCUACUGAAGAAGGAUUAUCUAAAAUGCCAGAUUCGGCAACAUUUCUUAAUAAUGAGUGGGAUUAUAAAAUGGUUAUGGAUGCUUAUUUAAAAUGGUUGAAUGAAAUAGCUAAAAGAAAAGUCUCUUUUGAUGAUUUUAGACAAAAAGUUGGAUGGGAAACUUUAAGAAGAUCCCAACAUCGUUUUGAACGUUUAGAUGUAAACAAAGAACAAAAGAAAAUAAAAAAUGAUGUCAAAAUUACUUGGCUUUCAACAAGACAACUUUGCUUCCAACCACAUUUUGAUCAAGAUUCUUUUAUUCCAAUUGCUGAUCAGGCACUAAUUUAUCUUCUUUUAUGUAUUGGAGAUACUUUUGAAUCGACAAUAGAAAUAAGGGCAAUUACAACAAUUUUACCCGACCCUGACGCUCCAAUAGAGCAACGAUGCCAAAUAUACGAACAAAAAGAAAAUAGUCCAAAUUCAGAAUUGGAUUGCCUUAGAAGGUGUAGAAUGGAAUUAAUAAGAAAAUUAUGUAAUUGUACAGCACCUUCACUUGCAAAUUUUGUUUAUGAUCCUAAGGAAUUGAAUAAUUACCCAUUAUGUGAUUACGGGCUAUGCGAGAUUGGUAAUUCAACAGAAAGUAAAGAGGUUAAGGAAUGGGACACAAAAUGUGUAGAUCAAUGUGCCCCAGAAUGUACACAAACUAGAUAUGAAUUAACUACUACACAUAAAACAGCUUUACAUCCACAGGAAGUUCAGUUAACUUUAAGUUGGGGUGCUUUUGAAUAUCUUCGAUUAAUUCAACAAGAUCGUUGGUCUUUUACUAAAUUUUUAUCUCAAAUUGGUGGGGCUACUGGUGUUUGGUUGGGACUAUCAGCACUUUCUAUUGUUCAAUUCCUAACCUUUUUGUUAACUCGUGCGCACAAAAAAGUUUCAAAAAGAAAACAAACGGGUGUUGAUUCUGUUAAUUAUAAUAAUAAUUAUGGAAAUAGACGAACAAGUGAACUUAGUAGUGGAACAGCUCACGAAAUGACAAAUCCUUCAAAUAAUCCUUUGGGCGGGGGUAUUGCUAAAAAUCCUUUUGGAGGGAAACGAAAAUGA